AUGGGCAGUUCAAGUGCCUGGAAGGUCUUGCGCGGUCUUUCUGCUUUCUGUGCUUUGGCUCAGGCGCAGAGCCAGACCCCCUCGCCUUCGUCAUCCGCCGCCUCAUCUUCGGCCUCAGCUCAGUUCACGAUUCCUGCCAGCGCCAAUUCCGCUCCUGCUGUCAUUCCUUACGUCAAAGACCCUCAGGCUGUUGACGCCCAGACCGUCUGCCCUGGAUACACUGCUCUCAACGUCCAGAAGACAGAGGCUGGAUUGACAGCUCUGCUCUCGUUGGCUGGCAAGCCGUGCAAUGUGUACGGUACCGAUAUUGAGCUCUUGAACCUGACUGUCGAAUACCAGACUACCGAUCGUCUGCAUGUUGAAAUCGUGCCGACUUACCUUGGCCCCCAGAAUGCAACCCAAUAUGUCCUCCCCGCCAGUGUGGUGGCGAAGCCUGUGGUCGAGCAGGCCAAUGUCAAGUCUGACUUGGACUUUUCUUGGACCAAUGAGCCCAGCUUUGGAUUUGAGGUGAAGAGAAAGUCGACAAACGACACUCUUUUCACCACCAAGGGAAAGAAGAUCGUCUAUGAGAACCAGUUUAUUGAGUUUGGCAGUCCCCUGCCUGAGAACUACAACGUCUACGGACUGGGCGAGUCGAUCCACUCGUUCAGACUGGGAAACAACUACACCAAGACCUUCUAUGCUGCGGACGCUGGUGCCAUUGUUGAUGGAAACAUCUACGGUACUCACCCGUUCUAUCUGGAGACCCGUUACUUCACCACUGGUCCCGAUGGAAAGCCCGUUUUGGUGACCGGCAACGUGACUGACACAAAGAGUAACUACACUUCUUACUCCCACGGUGUCUACUCCCGCAAUGCCCACGGUCAGGAUAUCUUGCUGCGCCCCGAGGGCAUCACCUGGCACCCUAUUGGUGGUAGCAUCGACCUGUACUUCUUUUCCGGUCCCACCCAGCCUAAGGUGACAACCUCUUACCUCAAGGCUGUCGGUCUGCCUGCUUUGCAGCAAUACUGGACUUUUGGUUUCCACCAGUGCCGGUGGGGAUACAAGAGUUGGCAAGAGCUUGAGGAAGUUGUGGGCAACUACACUGCCUUUGGAAUUCCUAUGGAGACUAUCUGGACUGACAUCGACUGGAUGAACCGCUACCGUGACUUUGAAAACGAGCCUACUGGAUUCGGCGAUGCCGAAAGUCGGGCUUUCCUUGAGCGUCUCCAUGCCAGCGGUAGACACUAUGUUCCUAUCAUUGAUUCCGCUAUCUAUAUCCCCAACCCAGAGCUGGAGAGUGAUGCUUACCCCGUCUUUGAGCGCGGAAACAACACUGGAUCGUUCCUGAAGAACCCCGAUGGAAGCUUGUACAUCGGUGACGUCUGGCCCGGAUACACCGUCUUCCCUGACUGGCUCUCCGAGGGUGCUGAGGACUGGUGGGUCGAGGAAUUCUUGAGAUAUCACCACAUCACCCCAUUCGAUGGCGCGUGGAUUGAUAUGAGCGAGAUCUCGUCCUUUUGCGUUGGAAGCUGCGGCAGCAACAACCUCACUCUAAACCCCGUGCAUCCUCCUUUUGCUCUUCCCGGUGAACCUUCCAACCUGGUUCUCGAAUACCCUGAAGGAUUCAACGUCACCAACAAAACCGAGGCUGCCGCCAUCUCUGCUUCGCAGGCUUCCUUCUCUAGCGCUCAUCCCGCCACUUCAACAUCUUCGCCCACUGACUACCUCCGCACCACUCCUACCCCUGGUGUCCGUGAUGUUAACUACCCCCCGUACGUGAUCAACAACGUUCAGGGUGCCCUUGGUCGCGCUGCCAUCUCUCCUAACGCCACACACGCCGACGGCACUCUUGAAUAUGAAAUGCACAACCUGUGGGGUUUCGGUAUCCUCAAGGCCACUUACGCCGCUCUCUCAGCCGUUUUCCCUGGCAAGCGUCCCUUCAUCAUUGGUCGUUCCCAGUAUGCCGGUGCCGGUGCCUACGCUGGUCACUGGGGAGGUGACAACUGGUCCAACUGGCCCAGCAUGAUCUUCUCCAUCCCCCAGGCUUUGCAAAUGUCACUUUCUGGUAUUCCCAUGUUCGGCGCUGACACUUGCGGCUUUGCCUAUAACACCGACAUGGAGCUGUGCAACCGCUGGAUGCAGCUGAGCGCUUUCUUCCCUUUCUACAGAAACCACAACAUCCUCAGCGCUAUUAGCCAGGAGGCCUACCGAUGGGAGUCUGUUGCUGAGGCAAGUAAGACAGCCAUGGCCAUCCGCUACCAGCUCCUGCCUUAUAUCUACACUCUCUUCUACCACGCCCACACAGAGGGAGAGACUGUCAUGCGCGCCCUGUCCUGGGAGUUCCCUAAUGACCCCUCCCUUGCUGCCGCAGACCGUCAAUUCCUCCUCGGUCCGUCCAUCCUCGUCAUCCCCGUUCUUGAGCCCCUCGCUACAACUGUUGACGGUGUCUUCCCCGGUCUGAUCGAGGGGACCGAGAAAUGGUAUGACUGGCAAAACAAGACCGCAGUCCCUGUUCCCACCGUGAAGAACACAACCAUCGAAGCUCCCCUCGGCCACAUCCCUGUCUAUGUCCGUGGUGGAUCCAUCCUGCCCCUCCAGCAGGCUAAGCUCACCACCACCGAGUCCCGAAACACUCCCUGGGAUAUCCUGGUCGCCCUUGACAAGGACGGUAAGGCCUCCGGAGACCUGUACCUCGAUGACGGCGUCAGCGUUAAGCCCAACGCCACUCUUACCGCUGAAUUUACCGUCACCGGUAGAAAGCUGAGCACUGUCCUCAACCACGGUGGAUGGGUUGAGACCAACAGCCUGAGAAACGUUACCAUUUGGGGUGUUCAGAACGCCGCCAACGGCACCGUCAAGCUCAACGGCAAUGCUGUUCCCCGCCAGAAUGUCCAGUUCGACCAGGCUAAGCAAACUCUCGUUGUGUCUGGAUUCAAUGCCUCCGCCUGGGCCGGAGAUGGGUGGACUCUCCAGUGGUAG